AUGCUGUCCACCAAGCCGCUGGUGCAGUGGACCGUGGUGGAGCUCAAGGCGGAGCUGAAGUCGAGGGGCCUGACCUCCAGCGGCGUGAAGGCCGACCUUAUCAAGCGGGUCCAGGGCGCGAUCGACCAGGAGUCGGCCAAAAAUGCCGCGGUAAGUGGCGCUGGCGAUCGAGUCGCCGCCGGGGAGUCCGCGGCGGGCGACAGUGCAGCCGAGCUGCCCGUCAACGGAAAGGGUCACGGGAAGGGAUCCGCGCAGGCGGGUGCGCCGGCGGGCGCCGAGGAGGACGAGGAAGCGAACGGGGGAGAGCCUGCGAGCAGCGGGGAGCGGGGAACGGGGUGUUCGGCUGGCGAGGGGCCCCAUGCAGGCGGCUCGGAUGGUGCUGGCGACGCGCUGCCUGAGUCGCGCGACAGCGCGGGGGGGAAGGACCCGGCGGAAGGGCAGGCAGGCGGCGACGCCGGCCCGGCGACUGGGGUUGGAGACGAAGAGGACGCACAGGCUGACGGAGACUACUUGGCGCUGUCCGACGGCGAGUCUGAGGGGGACGGCAACAAUGGCGCGGCGGAGGAGGCGUUGGGGAAUGGCGGAGAAGGCGCCACUGACGGGCUGGACCUGGAGGCGUUGGCCCCGGACGACGACCUGGAGGGGGGCACCAACGAUCUGACGGGCCGAGGGUCUGGGGCUCCUGCCAGCGAGCCGGUAGCGGCCACAGCCACCGGUGGUGGCGAGAAGGCAGGGGAGGUGCCGGCUGGAGCCGGCAAUACACCGGCGUCCGUGGUGCAGGAGUGGAAGGGCAUGGCCAUCCCUGCGGAGUGGCUGCCAUUGCCCAUGAUUCAGGUGAACAACGUGCCCAAGUCCUGCACCCUGGAAGAGCUGCAGCGGGUGUUGGAAGCGGAGGGAGGCCUGAAGGUGAAGAGUGUGGUGUUCAACGACGAAGUGAGGCUACCAGAUUCGCAGGCGGCGCUGGUCAGGCUGGUGCCGCCUCCGCUGCCGUGGCUCGGCCAGGAGGGCGGAGAUGAGGUGAAACCUGGGGAGGAAGCCGAGGCCAUGGACGAGGACAAGACUGAGGAUCAUGCUGAGGCCAAGGCAGGGGAGGGAGAGGAGGAGGUGAAGGAGGAAAAGGAAGUUGCUGUCGUAGGAUCUAUGGGAUCCAAUGCUGCAGAUGGUCCUGACGAUGCUCAGGUCGCCAAAGCAGAUGACAAAGAGGGAAAACCACAGAAAGAUGCAAAAGGGGGCAAACCUGAACCUACGAAGGAGGAAGAUGCGGCAGGCCCUGAAAUGGACGUGAAGGCAGUUUCACACUUCCAUGUCCGCCAGCUGGAUGCGAGGUCGCUCAAGAUCGGGGAUAGCAGCCUUGCAUAUGAAGUGCCAUUGCUGAAAACUACAUUCUUUGUGGGCAACCUUCGAGAGGAGUGGGGUGAGAGUGACGAUGCUUUUCGGGAGGAGAUGCAAAAGUACGGAACCCUGGAGAGAUGCUUCAUUGUCAGGAACAAAGAUGGAGGUAGUAAGGACUACGCCUUCGUUGAGUACAGCCUGCCCAGCCAGGCUUUGAAGGCCAAAGAUGCUGUUGAGGUUCGAGCGUCAGAGACAGCACAGAGAGCAAAGGGGGACAGCUCAGCAGAUGGGACCCAACGGCAUGGGCAGGAAUGGACUCCAAGGAAGCGCCUGCGGUCGGAAUGGGCCUACAACCAUAGCUUGCCCUCCAUCUUCUCAAGAAUCUGUUAUGUCGCCAAUUUGCCUGCUGGCUUCAUGAACCAAGGAUUGCUGCGGAGGGUGUUUGAGCAACAUGGCCAGGUGGUGUACACCAAUAUCAAGCUGGGUGUUGGAUCUGGACCUGGGUGUGGUUUUGUGGAAUUCACCUCUGGGGAGAAUGCCGAGAAGGCGAUGUAUGCCUUGAAUGGCACAUCACAUCCUGACCUUGGGUACAUCCUGGUGUCACUUGUCAACCCAGCCAAGUUCCUGACGGACAAAUACAGAACAGACCGCGGAGGGCCUGGCAGGAGGGGCCGUGGCAGGGACUUCCAUGAUUGGGAUUACUCUGGCCGCUCCGGACGGGGCAGGAGGUUUUACAACCAACCCAUGAGGGGUGGGGAUUACUAUCAGAGGCUGGGCAGAGGCCCGGGCCGGGGCCGCGGUGGCAGGACCACUUGGAGCCAGCCACUCACACCACAGUACAGCUAUGGCAUGGCGCCCUACUACAUGCAGCAGGCAGGUGGCUCCCCAUGGGGUUACUACGAUCAGUACCAGCAGUACGGACAGUAUAGCCAGGGAUCACACGCUCAGGGGUACUACCAGGGCUCAGGCAGGGGAUACCAGUCGCAUCAGCACCACUCUGGCGGCAACAGACAGCACCAUGGCAGGGGCGCUGGCAGCGGGGGCAGCGGCAGGGGCUCUUAUGGCUCGGGGCAGGGAUACGGGUACGGUAGCCAUGGGUAUCAAGCCGGAAGUGGGUAUGGACAUCAGUAUGGAGUUUCUGGCUAUGGACAGGGUUAUGGGGGGCAGGGCUAUGGUUCUUCCACCCAAUAUCAGUCACAGACGCCCUAUCAGGGAAGCUCCUAUGGCUCAGGGGCUUACGGUUCAGGGUAUGGUGGAUAUGGGUCUGGAUAUCAGGCAUCCCAGAGUGGCUAUGGUGGGUCUUCGUAUGGGUACGGUGGGCAGACGGGCUAUGGCUAUUCUCAGGACAUGUAUGCAGGGCAACAGGGGUAUGGACAGCAUGCGGGGGACAAACAUUCUGUGCAGCACGGGGAGUCUGAUUAUGCACAGCAAAAUGCCAAGAGACCAAGAAAUUGA